ACCAAAAUCACAAACCAAACCAGAUGAGAAAUCACACAGUGGGGCGGUGUGGGCACAGUGUUCACAUCUCUGUGGUCUCAUGAUCUCCUAAAGCCUUUGUUUAACCCACCAUCUCUCACAGCUGCUAAAUAUUCAGCGUGUUUGUUAGCCUGUUUGAGAGGAGUUAACUGAUGCUCGUAUGAAGGUCUGGAGCAUUCAGGUGAUCUACCAGAAGAACAUCAGAGAUGAAAGAAACUCAUACAAAUUUGGAUCAACCUUAGGAUGGCACUGAUGACGAAUGAGCAGAUUUACCAGCCGUCCUGAUUUGAUGUCUGAAGCGAGCCUGGCGAGGACACAUCAGAAAACUCUCGUACUUCCUGUAGCAGCUUCAGAACCGAACCACAACUCUCACAACCAGACGCAUCUGCAUCGCCCGGCGUCUGGACGCCCGAGGAUUGUAACUUUACCUGAUUUGACGUGGUUUCAGUCCCGCUUUUAACAAUGCCUCGAUCGUUUCUGGUGAAAAGUAAGAGGGCGGGGCAUCACUCCACACGCUCCGCCCACUCUAAGCAUCAGCAUCAUGACGGAUGGACAUCCAGCAGGCGCUCUGCGGCUCUGGAGCUGCUGCCGUGCACAUCCACCGACGACAGCCGAACUCAUAACAGCACCGAAGCAGCUGGAGAUGAACCCCAACCCUGGCCUUCAUCCACUGCAGUGAAGCAGUCUGGAGUUUGUCCGUUGUCUAAGCUGUCGUGCUCUGUUGCGAUGGAGAGACAGAGCGAGCUGGAGUGUCUGAUUCAGGCUUUGCUCAGUCACCAUCAGCUGAGCAAUGUCCAGACGCCGCUGUGUGAAUGUCCGCUCUGUGAGAAGCUCCUGUCUUCUGCUGUGAGUUUGGCAUCGCACUUGUGCAAGUCACAUGUCAACAGAGCUGCUCUCCCAUUGGCCGACUCCCCAGGCCACCCCCAACAGCCUUAUGGUUACAGACCAACAGGAAUACUGAGGGAGCGCAGUUUUGGUUGUAAGGUUUGUGGGAAGGUGUUUAAGAGGUCGUCGACUCUCUCCACACACCUGCUCAUUCACUCGGACACUCGGCCGUUCCCGUGUCCCUACUGCGGAAAGAGAUUCCACCAGAAAUCUGAUAUGAAGAAACACACCUUUAUACACACAGGUGAGAAGCCUCAUGUGUGCGUGGUGUGCGGUAAAGCAUUCAGUCAGAGCUCCAAUCUGAUCACCCACAGCAGGAAACACAGCAGCUACCAGCCCUUCAGCUGCUCACACUGCCCUCUCAGCUUCCAGAGGAGACUGGACCUACAGCGCCACCUACAGACACACAUGCAGAACGACAGCGCACUGUAUCAUGGGACCUGAGAGAGACCAGCUGCACCUCAAACACCUUGGGUGGCUUAAUGUACAGGGGUCUUGGCGGUUAUGUUUUACCCAAAAGUCCACUAUAUAUGUUUAUGAAAGAUGUUUGCACCAAAACAAAUGUUUGCUUAUGUAUAUCUAUCUUGAUUGCACACAAUGCAUUGUGAGAUCUGUCAACAGGCUACACAUUACUGUAGAUUUAUUGCUUCAAGUCUUAUGAUUGGCUGCUCAUGGUUGUGAUGUCAUAAUCAUGGAACGUUUGUUUCAGAAGAUUUAUAAAGGAACAAUAAUCCCUCUAUGCACAUGAUAGGGCAUUUAAUAACAAAUGCUGUAAUGCAACAGAUUUUUAAGAACAUUAAUCUCUUUUUGAAAGUACAGGUAUCUCUGUUUUCUCAAGCUCUUAGCAGAAGUUUUUAUCUUGUUUUAAAGUAGGGUGAAUUCUGCAAAAGUGGGACACUUUUAGGUAAACUGAUUUAAAUACAAAUAAAUAAACUCUUCCAAACACGUGUAUGCUUUAAACAAAUUCUCAAAGUCUCUUGUAUCCCUCAGCAUGUUUUUGAAUAUCGGUUGAUGUUUUAAACAUACAGAGAUUCAAAAAUAUUAAGUACCCAUGUUUUUUUUUCUUCUUCUGGGUUUUUCAGGUAAAUUGGGACACAUUUGUAUUUAAUCUGUGCUUACAAAAUACAGUUUCUUACAGUGGAUUGUGUUAUUGAUAGUGAACUCAUAAAAGCUGAAUGUUUAUUGAGUUAAAACCUUUCAACAGAAGCAUAAAUUUGAAGAAUUAUUAAAAUAGUCGAACAGAAGUACAAAUUUAACUGAGAAUAACUGAAUAAUUUCAGCAGAAAUACAAUAUACUGUGUAGUAUAAAAAUGCCAUGAUUUCUAUGCUUGCUUGUGUGUUUGUAUUUAACUGUGCUUAAGUGUGUGUGUAAUACAUGAUUUCAUAUUGGUGUGUUCAU